UUGGCAGGCCUGAUGUUUGUGUUCAGGUAAUACUGAUAGGCCAUGCUCAGUGUAAGCCCUAGGCCUGAGCCUGUACAAGAGCCUUGCCACUAGGGGGUAAUUCAAGUCUGGCUUUCAGGCUUGGGUCAGUUUCACUGACAAAGUCUACUUGAGGAGUCUUGAAAGCUGGAUCAGACGUUCAAUCUAUUUCCCUGCAAGCAACCUUAUUUGGAGCUUGAGUUACUGCAGACUCUGCUCUUCUGGAGGUAGCCCUACAUUUGCUUCUGAACUCCACUUGUUCCAAGAAAAUGCUGGUGAAAGAAUAUCGGAUCCCCUUACCCCUUACUGUUGAUGAGUACAGAAUAGCUCAACUUUACAUGAUCGCAAAGAAAAGUAGAUUGGCUUCCACGGGUGUAGGGAGUGGAGUAGAGAUUCUUGUCAAUGAACCAUACACUGAUGGGCCUGGAGGCAGCGGCCAGUACACACACAAGCUUUACCAUAUUGGCUCACAUUUGCCUGGUUGGCUGAAAAGCUUGCUGCCACGUUCAGCUCUCACUGUAGAAGAAGAGGCAUGGAAUGCCUAUCCCUACACAAAGACUCGAUAUAAGUGCCCUUUUGUGGAGCGCUUUGUCAUGGAACUUGAGACUCGCUACUUUAAUGACAAUGGGUUUCAAGACAAUGUGUUUGGUCUCUCAUCAAAGGAGCUCCAAGAACGUGAAGUUGAUUUCAUUGAUAUUGUGAAGGAUCAGCUGGCUAGCUCAGACUACAUCCAAGAGGAGGAUCCACGUUAUUACAUCUCAAAGACAACAGGACGUGGUCCUCUCAGUGAGAACUGGAUUGAAGAGUAUUGGAAUGCAUGUCGAGGGAAGAAGACACCUUUGGCAGAUGGGAAAGCCAUAAUGUGUGCAUAUAAGCUCUGCCGAGUGGAGUUCCGCUACUGGGGCAUGCAAAGCAAGAUUGAACGUUUCAUCCAUGACAUUGCUCUUCGGAAGACAAUGGUGCCAGCUCACAAGCAGGCCUGGUCCUGGCAGGAUGAGUGGUAUGGAAAGACAAUAGAAGAAAUCCGUCUCUUUGAGCAAGAAACACAGGAGAUAUUGGCUUCCAAGAUGGCAGGUGCAAAUGAAGGUGACUCUCCUCAAUCGCCUGAUAAAGAAUUUCCACCCCCAAUCCCAGAAGCCAAGGAAACAUUGUCUCUUGAGGAGUUCAGCGAAACUAGAAGCCUGACCAAGUGGAGUUCCAUGGAACUCAUCCCAGAAGAUGAGGAAGACUCCCCACGGAUACAAGAUGCAAACCAGGAACUGUCAACAAAGACAUCAGAUGUGGUUACAUUCCGAGGUGCUUUUGAAAGUGUUGUGAGGCAGUAUUAUCCCUCGCUGUUGGGUCGUGUGGCCCAUCGACUUGUCCCCUGCCCUCCUAUUUGUGCUGAAGCCCUUGCUGUCUUUACCAGCUUGAGCCCAUACAGUUUUGAUGCAUAUCCAUCUCAAGGAGAUGGAGGGUUCCCAGUGACUCAUGACUCAGUCCCCAUUGGAGCCAUUCCACUCUUCGCAAUCACUUCACCAGACUACUGGGAUUCUGUCAGCAAGACAAUCACUCUUGCCAAUCAAGUCUACCAAGACUUUCUCAAAUCUGAAGAAGGUUACGGACAGCCAACUGGGACGACUGGACUUCGAAGUGACCGACUUUUUCCUGUUUGGAUCUCCGCUAGCAGGAGUUCUGGCCUAUCGGAAGAUGCACGCCCUGCUGUGCAACAGGUGUACAAUAUGUUCCAUGCAAUCAAUCCAUUGGCUGGGCGACUUGAGCCGUUGCUGUCAACCCGGUUUGCCUUCAUUCCCCCUGUCAGUGUCCCUCGCUAUCAAAAGCAUCCAUUAGGCGAUGGUUUCUCCUAUCACCUUUGUGAAAGGAAAACUGCAAAGGUUUGGUAUAAUAUCUUACUCGUGUGUGAAUGGAUAGUGACGGGAAAGUGGUGGGGAUUGAAGAGGCUAGACUAUGCCCUGUACUGUCCUGAAGGCCUGGCUAACUUCCCACCGCACUCCUUGCCGCAUCUCCUCCAUGCUUCCUACUGGGAAUCCCAGGAUGUCAUUGCCUUCAUCAUCCGACAGAACAUGAGUGCCAACCACCGAGCCAAUGAUGUGAUUGUGGGUGAGGGGAUGCCCCAGGUUAUUUCUGCCCGGUUCAUGUACGGACCACUGGACAUGGUGGCACUGUCAGGGGAGAAGGUGGACCUCUACUGCAUGACAGAUCCAAAGACCGGGGAAUGGGUGCUCCUUGACACCCUCACCACAGACAAGACUGGCCGUGUCACUUACACCAUUUCACCUCUAAAGGCCCUCACUUUUGGCAUCUAUCCUGUCAAAAUGGUUGUCAGAGGUGAUCAUACAGGCAUGGACUUUCACCUUGCUGUCAUUCCACCAAAAACGGAGUGUGUGGUGUUCAGCAUAGAUGGGUCAUUCACUGCCAGCGUCUCAGUGACGGGCAGGGACCCCAAGGUCCGACCCGGAGCUGUUGAUGUUGUGAGGCACUGGCAAGAGAUGGGGUACCUUAUAGUGUAUGUGACGGCACGGCCAGACAUGCAGCAGCGUUUUGUCAUAUCUUGGCUGGCCCAACAUAACUUCCCCCAUGGAAUGGUCUCCUUUGCUGAUGGCCUUUCCACUGAUUUCCUUGCUCAUAAGGUUCAUUAUCUCAAGCAUCUCAUCCAGGAGGUAGGUGUGGUGAUCCAUUGUGCAUAUGGGAGCAGCAAGGACAUAGGGGUUUAUGCUUCUCUUGGACUUGAGCCGAGCCAGAUCUACAUUGUCGGGAAGACAUCUCGCAAGCACUAUUCCUCUGCUAUUGUGUUAAUGGAGGGGUAUGCAGCACACCUGAGUGAGCUGACAGCACCAGGUGGGUCUCGACCUGCACGGGGUAACGCAAGGAUGGUCAUCCCCCGUGGGUUCUUCAGUCUCCCUGGCCAGGGUGUCACCCUUCAACGGCGCUUGUCAAGCAAGAAGGCAUCAAUGUCAAGUGGACGGGGUUCAUCUCGGGGCAAGAAAUUGACACCAUUCUGAUCUCCCUCUUCCUAUCCCUCUAUAUGCAAGUACAAAUUUCCCUCGGCCUUCAGCCCUUCCCGGUUCUGCAUAUUUGUCAUGUCAUAUUUGUCUGAGGAAACAUAAUUGCUCAAGCCUGCCCCAGUCAUCACAUCUCUGGGGCACUGUUUAGCCCCACCCAUGUCGUGUGCCAAAUUCGGUUCUGUGUGUUCCUUUGGAAAAAGGCAAGGAAAGUGAUACCUUAACCUCAAUGAUCACCGUCGUUGCUUUCCCUCGAUCGUCCCUGUUCCUCCUUGUAUGGCCGACCUGGUGACGACCUGUGAAUCUGCAAAUCCUCUCAACCAAUCUGUGAUCCCUUUCAUCAAAGAGAGAAGCUUCAAGUCCAAAAACCCAGUGGGACUGGGCGUCUUCUGGCAGGACCAGUGACGUCUCUCUUUCCCCCUUGCCGUCGGUAUGAGUGCUUUGAAAAUCCAUGGAAAAUUUGUGUAAAUUUCAGAUGGAGUUUGGUAUCACCCUUUAAACAUUCCAAAGACCUUUGAAGUGAAGGGCAGUGCAAGAUAGGGAUACGUAUACAAUUUCUCGUGUUGUGAUCAGGGCCGGAUUAAGGUUAUGAGGGGCCUAAGGCUAAUGGGAGGGAAGGGCCUAAGUAUGAAUUACAUAUUGCAAAAAAAAUAUGGAAUGGAGGGCUUAAGGCUAUAGCCUAUGGGUUAAUCCGGCCCUGAUUGUGUUCAGAAACUCACAAAGCAGAUUUUAUGAUAGAACAAGAUAUUGCAUGGAUGCCUUGGUCUCAAAUCCAGUGCCAAACAAUACAGAAUCAAUUCUUUGGUUGUAGUUCUGUGUGUUAAUAUUCCUGUUGUGUACUUAAUUUUGUUACAAGUAUUUAUUUUUUGAAGUGUUAUGAAAAUAUUUAUCUUCAGUUACCAUGAUUUUUACACCAGUGAUUUGAAAAUGAUUUUUAAUGUUUAGCUGCUCAAUUUAGCACUUUUUUUUCCUCCAGCUGGCACUCAAGACAGUGGUGUAUUUUAAGACAUGGACAGGUAUUCUGCAGGAACCUGGUGUAAAAUUUUCUGAAGUAGGUGUGUAAGAAGAUUCAAUUUGUCAAUUCAAAUUGGAUAAUGGGUAUACCUUAUAUGAUCGCAGAGGUGCA